GUAUUGCCGGUACUUGCUUCUUCAAAAUGGCUCAAUCAAAAGAAGAGUUGAUAAGCGAACUAUUUGUUCAAGUGGAGUUGAGAUUGGACUCCAUCAUUCAAAUGUGUCAAGAAGCUGACAAAACAUACGAAACUGAAGAGUGGAACCGGGAGCGUCGAUUGACUCUGCAUAACUUUGAUGCAAUGGUUCUAACCGCGGAAGGAAAUAAUGAGGAGGCCAAAGAUUCCCUCCUGACUCUUCUGAACACUUGGCUUUUUCGUGUUCGUUUUGCCCAAAAGCUCGCCGAGCUUGGUGUCUUCAUCUUGUUUGACGGACCUGGACGUUUGCUCCCAAUACCCGGAUUCUUUGUGCAAUUUCUGAAAGAAAACGUCUACAGAAGAACUUAAAAUGACAUAUUUCCUCUCUUGAUAUUUGGGCUUCUAAACUGUUUGAAAAGCGAACAGUUUAAUGAAAACAAAAACAAUUUGUGAAAAUCACACAAUGGUUUUUAAAAUUUUUUUCUACGGUGUUUAAUAAUACAACAAACCCUUUCAAAUGAAGUUUUCAAAGU